AUGGCUCCUAACGUGCAGACGGCGCCUCAGUCGGCCACUUUCACCCCUACCUCGGACGUCGUGGACCGACGCGCGCAAGGCGUCACCAAGCUGCGGAAGACGGCCACUGGAGGAGGCCGUGCCUGGAGUGAGGACGAGGAAGCUUAUCUGCUCCGAACCCGACUUCAGAAGAUGCCGUACAAGCACAUUGCGGCUCACUUGAAGAAGACGGAGCUCGCAUGCCGCCUGCACUACCAUCAGCUCAGCCACGGCAACAACCGCCGGAAGCAGCGUGCGGCGUCUGUGUCUUCCGGCUCCUCGGCCGGUCAGUCGCCUGACACGCCAGCUAGCUUGCCGUCUCCUGCUUGCGAGUCGCCGCCGCCUUCCAUCACUCCUCCGCGAAGUGCCGGCCACUACGGACCGCCGUCGCCUCCCGCGGUCCAGCUGCCUAGCAUUGUCAGCAACGGCAGCUCGCCCCAUCUGCCCGCCAUCCUCCCCAAGCCCGUGGGGAUGACCCUCCCGCCCCCGAUUGCCUCUCCAACCCGGGGCUACCCCAGUCCCAUCCCGGAGCGCGGCGCGGCCCCUUCUCCGGCCUCCUUCCCGGGUGGCCAGACACACCCCACGACCUCGCCACUGCGACUUGACUGUUCCUUUGGCCAGCGUCACCAUUCCCCUAGCCACCACGGGGCCAUCGACAUGGGCCGGUUGAAUGCGGCCUACGAGGCACACCGCGCCUCGUUCUGGGCGACCAUCGCCAACGAAUACGGCGGGCGUGCGAGCCCUGCCACGCUGGAACAGGCGUGGAAGUCGGGCUCGUGCUGCCACCAGUCCCAGCAACACCAGCAACACCAGCAUCCGCCGCAUCAGCAGGUCAUUACGCCCAUCAGUCCCCUAUCGAGUCCUGCCGAUAGCCUGGAGCGGGAGGGGUACAGCAAGCCCCAGACGGACAGGACGCGGAUUUCGGCCAUUUUGGGAAUUGAUGCGAACCCAAGAUCCCCUCGUGACCGCGAGAUGGUUCGCCGCAUGGAGGGAGGGAGGAGUCACGUCUAG